AUGAACUACUUUCAAAAUAGCAGCAUAAAUAACUUCUAUCCCUUGAUGCAAAGGAGUAAUAUUAACAAAUUUGUUUAGCCUUAAUUAGUUUGUGUAGAUCAAUCAAAUAUGAAUGUCACAGCAACUGCUUUAAACACUAUUAAGAACUCAACUAGUUAAAAAUUUUAGCGUGGAAGUAGAUAGUAUAUAAUAAAGUUUAGAAACUCCAAUGCUUCAGCAAUCUCUACUAGCUAAAGUCCAUAAAAGAGAAAUAAAAAUCAGCUUAAGUAAGAACUAAAUAAUCAUUUAAGCAAUCCAUACUAAAAGGAAAACAAAAAUUUAACUGAAAUAUCAAUUAAAGCUCAAAAGAUAGUAACAAAAGUAGUAUCUCCAUCUUCUUCAGUAUCUACCUAAUCAAGCAACAAGAACGAUUUACCAGCUACUGAUAAAGAUGAUGAUUCUCCAAUGAGACUUAACAAUUAAGAUUAAAUUAAAAAAAUUAUACAAUUUUAAAAUGAUUCAGUUGGGUAGAAGGCUUCUUAAAAAGCUAUUAGCAACUAUCCUAAAAAUGAUUCAAGAAUUUCUUCAAAAAUAUAAAAUAAAUAAUAAAAUGACUCACAAUCUCCAAAUAGAUCUAAAAGCAAUGAAAGCAAAAAUAUGUAAUUUUUUUAAGAUAAUUCAAAUUAAGCAUUACAAGAAGCAGUUGACUAAGAUAAAUCAAAAUAAAGAAAUGUUAUGAGAGAUUCUAAUACAUUUUUAAUCAAACCAAGUAACUAAAAUUACGAUUCAAAGGCAGUUAAUAUAGUUGAUUAUUAAAAAAUUUUAGAUAAUUCGUCUGAAAUUAAUUAAUAAAUCCUUCCUAUAACUACUCGUAAUAGAGAUGGCAGUGCUCCACCUCUAAAUGCAAUCUCAUAAAACAGUAAAGCACUAGAAAGUGAUAAAAAAAAUACUAAAGAUACAUUAAGCCAAACUUAAUAACCAAUGUAAAAACGCCAUUCAAUCUUAAGGCUUAGUGAUCCUUAAUCUAUAGUUAAUACCUUAUAUAAUGAUUUAAACUUAGGGAAAAAAAAUUCAAAAAAUGAAUAAGAUCUACAAUAAAAACAAUCACAAUAGUAAUCAGAUAGAUAUUUAUUAUCAACAACUUUUAGCUAAAUUUAAUUUAAUGAUAAUAUCAAAAAAUAAAUCACCUAAAAAUAGACUAAAAAAAAUUCUUCAUUUUUAUGCUCGAAAAGAAAGAAGUUUAAAAAAAGUAAAAAUCAUAUUAAUCUUUAAGAAAUUCCUCUAUAAGCUAAAACUUCAUAAAACACACAAAUACUUUCAAAUUAAGAAGAAAAAUUUGAAUAAUAUGAUUAAGAUUUUUAAACUUUAGCAGACUAGCUUGAAAAUCAGUAGUUGCAUAUGAAAAUAGUUGGUAAUGAAUAUUUACUUGAUGAUGAUAAUGCCUAUUCAGAAGAGUACUUGGAUGAAGAUGAAGAAAUAAAUAAAGAAUUUAUAUAGUAAUAAAUGAAAGAUAAUAAAAAAGUUAAAAUAAAUAAUUCAGUUAUUCUUCCUUCUUUAGUUUAAAUUAGCUCUAAUAAUAUUGUAGAUGAUCAAUUAGAAUAAAAAUUCAAAUCAAAAGAGCUUAGUUCGCUAAAUCUCACUGCUAAAAGCGUUUGUAUAUUUGAUGUGGAAAAAAAUAAACCAAUACUUUGUUUAAAAGGUAAAAAGCCUAGAGAAGUUGCUUCUUUAACAAAAAUAAUGACUUGUUAUAUUAUUUGUUAAGCAAUAUAAAAGAAAAAAAUUAAACAAACUGAAUAGAUAAAAGUCUCAAGAGCAGCAGCAUCUAUGAUAGGGACAAGCGCUUAUUUGAGGUCUGGAGAUCAGCUUUCUGUUUGGGAUUUAUUACAUGGUUUAAUGCUCCCAUCAGGAAACGAUGCAGCUUUUGCAUUAGCUGAAUAUAUGGGAAGAAUUUUAUUCUUUGAAGACAAUGACUAUAAAGAAUAACUUUAAUAGAAUCCUAAUAGUUUUGAAAAUUGUAAAGCUAAAGAUGCAAUUAAGUGUUUUCUUAAAGAGAUGAAUAGGGUUGCGAAGGAUUUAAAACUAGCAAAUACAAAAUAUUCAAAUCCUCAUGGAUUAGUAAAUAAAAGUAAUAGGUCAAGUGCUUUAGAUAUUUGUAAAUUAUCUGCUCAUUGCUUGACUAAGUCAUAACUAUUUAGAUAAAUUGUAAAGACAAAACAGUAUACGUGUUAAGUAAGGAACAAGCAAGGUAGUAUAAGAAUAGCUAGUUGGGAAAAUACAAACAAGUGUUUAUUGAGAUAUAAUACAAUAUGUGAUGGUGUUAAAACAGGAGUAACAUGUACUGCAGGUCCAUGCUUGACAACAUCCUGGAGGGUUAAAGACAGACACUUUAUAAUUACCAUUUUGAAAUGUGAUUCAUUAGAGCUAAGAUAUUCUGAGUCUUAAAGAGUGUUUGCAUGGAUUUGUGAAAAAUUAGGAAUUGAAUUAUCAGCAGAAGAAAAAAUGCCAUAUGAAAAAGUUAAAUAGUUGUAUAAAAGAAAUUCUGUGGAGUCUAUUCAAUCUAUGAAAGAGUCAUGCUCAAAUAACAGUCUUUCUUCCAAAUAAAACUCUAACUUAAUCCUAUAAAAAUCUGAUUCUCUUUUGAAAAUGUAAAAUUGA